CACACAAAUUUUCAGGAACCCCCAAGUAGAAAGCACCUUUUGCAUCCAAUCUGUGUCAUUCCUUUGAACAACGUGCUUGAGGUCCACGCGACUUUGGCUUCCUCACCUCUCCUAUCUCCUUCGUUAGUCAGCUUCAGGCCGCAGUCUAAUAACAGGUGGGCAUUCUCUGUGAUGGUCCUUCCACUUGUAAGAAUCUUCUUCCAAAACUACAGGUACUCCUAGAGAUAGAACUGUAAGAGUUCUCCCAAAGACUUCAAGAAGACAAGACAUGGGAUCCUUAGCGAGCGAGCCUGCCUCUGUGACAAAGCAUGGUGUUGAAGAGCCAACUGAAUCGUGGGUGCUCAACACUCCAGAGCCCCCUUCUCUUUGGGAUGAGCUCACCAGUGUGGUAAGGAAAACAAUUGUUCCUCGGCAAAAGAAGUCCUCCUCACUGCUUAAAUGCAGCAUUUCAGCCCUCUAUGGCCUAUUUCCGAUCCUUCGUUGGGGAAGGAACUAUGAUUUCAAGUCAUUUAAGAGCGACUUGAUGGCUGGUUUAACUCUUGCAAGCCUCGGCAUUCCGCAGAGCAUUGGAUAUGCUAAUCUAGCAAAGCUGAGCCCGCAGUAUGGCCUCUAUACAAGUGUUGUACCACCUCUGAUCUAUGCUGUAAUGGGUUCUUCGAGAGAUAUAGCGAUCGGUCCUGUUGCUGUUGUUUCUCUUCUUCUAUCCUCCAUGAUUCAGAAGGUGGUGGACCCAUCGGUCGAUCCAAAUGCAUACAGGAAGCUGGUUUUCACUGCAACUUUUUUUGCUGGCAUCUUUCAAGCUUCCUUUGGACUUUUCAGACUGGGUUUUCUAGUGGACUUUCUUUCACAUGCUGCCAUUGUUGGCUUCAUGGGUGGGGCAGCAAUCGUAAUAGGAUUUCAGCAACUGAAAGGCCUACUUGGGAUUAGUCACUUCACAAACAAGACUGAUGUGGUCUCAGUCAUAAAGGCUGUUUUGGUUGCAGUUAAUCAGCCUUGGCACCCAGACAAUUUCCUUCUCGGUUGUUCAUUCCUUAUUUUCAUCCUAAUCACCAGAUUUAUAUCGAGGAGGAAUAAGAAGCUCUUCUGGCUGGCUGCUGUUGCCCCUCUACUGUCUGUCAUUCUGUCAACUCUUAUGGUCUUCGUGACAAGAGCAGAUAAGCAUGGUGUUAAAAUUAUACAACAUGUUGAUGGUGGCCUGAAUCCAAGCUCAGCUAAACAAAUACAGUUCACUGGACCGUAUGUUGGGAAGUGCGCGAAGAUCGGUCUCAUCUGUGCAGUCAUUGCUCUCACGGAGGCUAUCGCUGUUGGACGAUCCUUCGCCUCCAUGAAGGGCUACCAGCUAGAUGGUAACAAGGAAAUGCUGGCUAUGGGCUUCACGAACGUUGCAGGAUCCUUAACCUCCUGCUACGUUGCAACAGGUUCUUUCUCUCGAACAGCUGUAAAUGUCAGCGCUGGUUGCAAAACAACAAUCUCCAACAUUGUCAUGGCCAUCACAGUUUUUAUAGCCUUAGAAUUGCUAACAAGGCUGUUGUACUAUACCCCCGUUGCGAUACUUGCAUCAAUUAUCCUUUCUGCCCUCCCUGGACUUAUUGAUAUAAAGGAAGCAUGCAGCAUAUGGGAAGUUGACAAGAUGGACUUCCUUGCUUGCCUCGGAGCAUUCCUUGGUGUCUUAUUUGGAUCGGUGGAGAUCGGUCUUUUAAUCGCGGUGGCUAUCUCCUUCUUUAGGAUCAUUAUAAGUUCGAUUCGACCUCGUAUCGAAAUGCUUGGAAGAAUUCAAGGGACGGACAUCUUCUGCAGUAUGAGACAGUAUCCAAAAACCACUGAAACACCAGGCAUACUGAUAAUUCACAUCGAAUCAUCCUUCCUUUGUUUCAUGAAUGCCAAUUUCAUAAGAGAAAGGGUUAUGCGGUGGAUAUUAGACGAACGAGAUGAUACCGAGAAAGCUGGAAAGAGUCUCCAAUCAGCAGUCAUCGACAUGUCAAAUGUGAUGAAUAUUGACACUUCAGGAAUCACAGUGCUUGAAGAAAUACACAAGAAGCUAACUUCUGUCAACAUACAGCUAGCUAUAGCCAAUCCUGCUUGGCAAGUAAUUCACAAGAUGAAGUUGGCCAGGCUUGUGGAUAAGAUUGGAGGAACAUGGAUCUUCCUAACUGUAGGUGAAGCUGUGGAAGCAUGUUCUGGUGCCAAGAAGGAUGACGGCUGUGGCUGUUGAUGUUAUCUCCUGUCCUGGAACUGAUGGGUAUGCUACAAUAAAGGAAGAGUCGCAAUGCCUCAGAGAGGCAGUUCGUAUUUAUAUGAGUUCACUAAAAGAAUGUAAAAUUUAAUAUGGAAUGAACUGCCUCUGUUAUUGGAACAAAAGCAAUCACGAUCAUAAUCAUAAUAUUGCGACUACUCUACAUAUGACUACAUUCACUCUUA